AUGUCAAUGCGGGACAUUGGCAAGCCCCCUGUUCGUGGUAAAACAUCGCCUUAUGGCUUUUUCGUGAAAAUGUGCUAUGAAGAGCACAAAAAGAAGUACCCUAAUGAGAAUGUGCAAGUAACUGAAAUAUCAAAGAAGUGCAGUGAAAAAUGGAAGACAAUGUCUGAUGAUGAGAAAAGGCGCUUCUACGAGCUGGCCCAGAAGGAUGCCGAAAGGUACCAAGCCGAGGUAGCAGCAUAUGGUGGAGAAGACGCCAUGCGAAAGCGAAAACGCGCAAAGAAAGACCCGAAUGCACCGAAACGUGCCCUUUCGGCUUUCUUCUUCUUUUCACAGGAUAGAAGGCCUGAAGUGCAACAGAUGCAUCCUGAGUGGAAAGUUGGACAGGUUGCACAGGAGUUAGGCCGAAUGUGGAAAAAUGUGUCUAUGGAUGAAAAAGAUAUGUAUGAAAGAAAGGCCCUGGCCGACAAGGAGAGAUAUGCAGAGGAAAUGCGCGACUACAAGACAGCUAUCACAAAGAUCCCCGGUUUGGAGCACUUGGAAGACGAACAUCAUAUGCAUUUGGUCCAUGUGGAUGAGCACGAUCUACAGCAAGGCCAAAUCGUAUGA